AUGGGAAUAAUUUUGUCAAGCUUAUCAAAGCCAAAGGCACCACAUAACUACGAAGCCAUACUAAAACAUGCGGACUCUCCUCUUCCUCCAGACACGACGUCGUGUCUAGAUAAGUUAUACCCUAAGCUCUUCGAUGGCGUUUUCUUGAAGCACAAGACACAGAAGUACUGGAUAGAGGUUGUUUACAGUGAUGCAAUAGUUGAGUUUGCAAAGCUGGAAUGGGUAGCUUGGUUAGAAGUGGUCGGAGUAUUCGAGACGGAGAAUCUAACUCCAAACUGUUUGUACGUGGUUGUAUUUGUUGUGAAGCUAAUAGAUCCUUCACAAGGAUGGGAAGUUCCGGUUAACUUCAAACUGGUUUUACCAACCGGUGAAACCAAAGAGCGUCAAGAGAACAUGAAUCUGUUAGGGAGGAAUCAGUGGAUGGAGAUUCCGGUCGGUGAGUUCAAGACAUCACCGGAAUAUAUCUCCGGGAAGAUUGAGUUCUCUAUGCAUGAGGUUAAAGGUGGACUUUGGAAGUCCGGUCUGAUUGUGAAAGGUGUUGCUAUUAGACCCCAAAAUAAAUAA